GUCCCGGAUUCUUAAGAAGUCAGUAACGGGCCUGAAAAACACACUCUCUCCCGCUAAUAAUGCGGACACAAAUACUUCAAUCCAAAAUAUUAGCAGGAGUUUCAAAGUCUGUAUCAAGUUCUUCCCUUUCCUUACUCAAAUACUCCUACUCAAACUAUCCAAACUCAAUUAUUCUUCACAAAUCACCAAUCUCUAAAACCAUCCAUCUGAAUCACCGCACCUUCAGGCGUUAUUCUUCAUCAAUGGCUAUGGGAGAAGCAGGACCGCCGCCGUCGCCAUCGCCGUUGCCGCCCGUUGCGAAGAAAGUGAAACACGAGAUGGAGAUGUUCGGUGACGUCAGAGUCGACAACUAUUAUUGGCUUAGGGACGAUUCUCGCUCUGACUCUGAUAUGCUCUCCCAUCUUCGCGCCGAGAACUCCUACACUGAUUUCGUCAUGUCCGGGACCAAGCAAUUAGAAGAAAAGCUGUAUGCAGAAAUUAGAGGACGAAUAAAAGAAGAUGACAUGUCAGUUCCACUACGGAAAGGGAACUACUAUUACUAUAAAAGGACCCUGGAAGGAGAAGAGUAUGUUAGGCACUGCAGGCGUGUUGCUUCUGACAAUGGAGUCCAAUUGUCUGUUCAUGAUACUAUGCCAACUGGGCCUGACGCACCUCCUGAGCAUGUUAUACUGGAUGAGAAUGUAAAGUCUAAGCAGCAUGCAUACUACUGCGUUGAUGCUUUAAAGGUUAGUCCAAACAAUAAGCUGGUAGCGUAUGCGGAAGAUACUAAAGGGGAUGAAAUUUAUACUAUUCACAUCAUUGAUGCUGAGACUCUAGAGCCCAUUGAAAAGCCUCUGGUGAAUGUGACGUGUGAUGUUGAAUGGGCCGGUGAUGGGGCCCUGUUGUACAUCACAAUGGAUGAGAUCCUUCGACCAGACAAGGUGUGGUUACAUAAGUUGGGAACGGAUCAAUCAAGUGACUCUUGCCUUUUCCAUGAGAAAGAUGAAAAAUUCAAUCUUGAUCUAAAUAAAUCUGAGAGUGAGAAUUAUUUGUUUGUUGCAUCUGGAAGUAAAACUACAAGGUUUGUCUUCUAUCUGGACACAUCAAAACCCGAAGAAGGCCUGAAGGUUUUAACUCCUAGGACAGAAGGUGUAUCCACCUAUGUCAGUCACCGUGGAAGCCAUUUCUUUAUUAGACGGAGGACUGAUGUGUGCUUUAACUCGGAAUUGCUAGCUUGUCCACUGGAAAACUUAUCGGCAACAACAGUUAUUCUUCCGCACAGGGAAAGUGUAAAAAUUAGAGAUUUCCAACUUUUUCAGAACCAUCUUGUCGUACAUGAGCGCGAAGGCGGUCUGCUCAGAGUAGUUGUCUAUCGUCUUCCUGACAUUGAGUUGCCACUUGGGAAUCUUUCUGAGGGCCGUAACGUUGACUUUGUUGAUCCUGUAUAUGAUGUGCACUCUCUGGAGUCUGAAUUUUCUUCCAAUGUUUUAAGGUUCUCAUACAGCUCCUUGCGGACUCCACCUUCUGUAUAUGACUAUGACAUGGACAGUGGAGAGAGUGUCUUGAAGAAAACUGAUACAGUAUUAGGUGGUUUUGAUGCAUCAAACUAUGUGACAGAAAGAAAGUGGGCCACGGCAUCCGAUGGUACUCAUAUCCCAUUAUCAGUUGUCUAUAGGAAGGAUCUUGUGAAGCUGGAUGGUUCUGACCCAUUGUUACUGUAUGGCUAUGGAUCAUAUGAGAUAUGCAUAGAUCCUUAUUUCAACGCAUCAAGGCUAUCUUUGUUGGACCGUGGCUUCAUUUUCGUAAUAGCUCAUAUUCGUGGUGGUGGAGAAAUGGGUAGGAGAUGGUAUGAAAAUGGAAAAUUCUUGAAGAAGUUGAACACUUUCACUGAUUUUAUAACAUGUGCGGAGUAUCUAAUAGAAAAUAAGUAUUGCUCAAAGGAAAAGCUCUGCAUACAUGGAAGAAGUGCUGGUGGAUUGCUAAUUGGUGGCGUUUUGAAUAUGCGCCCUGAUUUAUUUAAGGUUGCUGUCCUUGGUGUACCUUUUGUUGAUGUUGUGACAACAAUGCUUGAUCCAACAAUUCCUCUGACAACUUCAGAGUGGGAGGAAUGGGGUGAUCCUCGGGAAAAGGAUUUCUAUUUCUACAUGAAAUCAUAUUCUCCAGUAGAUAAUGUUAAAGCGCAAAAAUAUCCUCAUAUACUGGUUACGUCUGGAUUAUAUGAUCCACGUGUGAUGUACUCGGAACCUGCUAAAUAUGUGGCAAAACUGAGGGAAUUAAAGACUGAUGACAAUACGCUGCUGUUUAAAUGUGAAUUUGGUGCUGGGCACUUUGCUAAAUCGGGAAGAUUUGAGAAGCUCCAAGAAGAUGCCUUCACAUUCACAUUCCUUUUGAAGAUCUUAAACAUGAUUCCUAUCCCUGAAGCAACACAGGUUUAAGAAGCUCCUGGAAGAAUUUAAACAUGAUGCCUGUCCCGAUAGGCCGAUAGUCCGAUACAACACGAAAAAGACCCGUGGAUACUAGUCGCCAAUUCUGGAAAUUGAAAGUUAAUGUCCUAGCACUAUGUACUAGUUUAUUAUUGUUCGACCAUUGGCAAUUUAAACUUGUUUUAAUCUCUUAAUCAUUUUAAUUUUCUUCAUAUUGCUACUUGUUUUCUUGAUCAGUUGGGUUUGUUUUGGAGACUGUGUAAUGUGUAUCAAUAGACAACUGAUAAUAAAUCUUUCUAUUUUGCUGCGGA